GCGUUCAGGCUUUCACCAUCUGAAUAGCUUGUGGUGACGCGUACAGCAACGCAUUCAACAUGUCGCAUUCCAAAACCGUGUUCCUUGCCUUCGAUAUCUAUGGCACGAUUCUCGAUACAUCGGCGAUCGCUCCUGCAUUGGCGGAACACGCUCAGAUCCCACUGGAGAAAGCGAAAGCUGUGACACAGGAAUGGCGCAAAUAUCAGCUUGAGUACACAUGGCGCAUGAACUCGAUGGAGAUAUACGAGACUUUCAGAGAAGUGACCCGUAAAGCACUCGUGCAUGCCUGCAAGGAUGCUGCCAUUGAGCUCGACCGUCACGCAAUCGAGGCUCUGAUGGACGUUUAUGAUCACUUGCCUGCGUUCUCGGAAAGCUCGAGCGCUUGGAAGGAUAUCAAUGCCAUUUCUGGCAUAGAGACUCUGAUAUUCUCGAACGGUACGCAAGCGAUGGUGACCACCGCUCUUCGGCAUGCAUUCGUGGAUCCCUGGCCCAAGGCUUUCUACCUCGUCGACGAUGCGGGUUUAAGAUUAUCGGAGGGCGACUCGUUGAAGUCCCAGAAACAACAGAAGAAAUACAAGCCGGCGAAAGAGGUCUACGAGCACCUCCUGAUCAGCAUCGGACAACAAGAAACACGAUCAAAUGUAUGGCUUGUUAGCUGCAACCCAUUUGAUGUUACGGGUGCACUGUCUGUGGGAAUGAAUGCUAUAUGGGUCGAUCGCGCGGGAGCAGGAUGGACCGAUCAGCUGUACAGCAGUCGAGGUCCAACGAAAGUGGUAAAUGACCUGGAUGGUAUCGUGCAAUACGUCAAGGACUCGCUACUGUAA